AUGGCUCCAGAAAAGAAGGACAAGAAGCGCAAGGCUACCUCCGCCGCCGCUGUCGCUACCCCAGACCUUCCCAACAAGAAAUCCAAAAAGACUGUUGGAGCUGAAGCAACGCCCGCUGCCACCCCCAAGCCUAUUCUCAAAAAGAAGAACGCCGAGGAAAAAGCCAAUGGCACCGCGAAAGCUACCGUCACAGAAACCGCUGAUGCACCAGCCCGAAAGAUCAAGCCGCGCAAGCGUGCGAGCGACUUUUUGAGCGGUGACGAAGAGGACAACGAAAGUGCAGAAGAGACAAAGUUAAAGAAGCAAAAAGAGUCUGCGAAGAACGUAGAGAAGAAAGAGGCCAAAAAGACCGCUCCUGCCAAGGCGAAGAAGGUCGAGGUCGUUGAGCAGGACCAAUCUGAGGAAGAGGGUAGCGAGGGUCAAGAAUCUGAGAAUGACGAAGUCGACGACCAAACUGCGGAAUUGAUCAGGGGCUUUGAGAGCAGUGGUGACGAAGAUGCCUCUGAAGACGAGGGCUUCGAAGCUGGCAAAGCCGUACCCCGAAUUCCAGACUCCAAAAAGGCCAAGCGCAAGAUUCAGAAGAAAUUGAAGGAGAAUAAUCAGCCUGAUGAGCCUGGCACUGUAUACGUUGGACGCAUUCCCCACGGUUUCUAUGAACACCAAAUGAGAGCCUACUUCGCCCAAUUCGGCGACAUAACCCGUCUCCGCCUAUCCCGCAAUCGCGUCACAGGUCGCUCCAAGCACUACGCCUUUAUCGAAUUUGCGUCUUCAGUCGUCGCCAAAAUCGUCGCGGAGACAAUGAACAAUUACCUCAUGUACGGCCACAUUCUGAAAUGCAAAUACGUGCCCCAGGAACAGCAACACCCUGAACUGUGGAAGGGCGCAAACCGUCGGUAUAAGCGUGUGCCUUGGAACAGAAUUGAGAAGCAGCGUCUGGAGCGCGGCAAGACGCGCGAUAAGUGGGCAAAGAGCAUCGAGCAGGAAGAGAAGAGACGGUUGGCGAAGGUAGAGAAGUGGAAGAAGUUGGGUUAUGAGUUUGACAUGCCGGAGUUGAAGGCUGUGGAUUCGGUGCCUGUGCAGGAGAAGUUGCCGGCGCCGGAGGCUGCUGCUGAUGCUGCAAUUGAAGAAGCUGCGCCUGCUAAGGACAUUGCUGUUGUUGAAGAGACUGCUCCUGUUGCUGCUGAGGAGGAAACGCCCAAGAAGAAAUCCAAAAAGGCUAAGAAAGGCAAGGAACAGAUUGAAACCGAGGUUGAGACUGCUACCCCGGUCAAGCAGGUAGAGACUGCCGCUGCUACGCCAGAGACCUCAUCAGCCAAGAAGAGCAAGGCCAAGAAGGCAAAGAAGUCUGCCGGCAAAGCCUGA